AGACUAACCGUGGGCAAUCCCACGGCUACCUGUAGUGAUGCUUUAGCUGGAUAUUGUGGCAACAUUCACUUGUUGUGAGACAUGGGGCUGUUUUUGGAAGGAUUAAAACAAUCCGGUGAUGACGCCCGUCACUUUUUCUCCACAGACAGGGGCUUUAUUUUUAUUACUAAAUGUAAAGAUAUGAAAAGAUCUGGCAUCUGUCGAGGUUUAACUGGUUUUCGUGCAAAUGCAAACCUCAGCCAAGCUAGUAAAAAAAGAGAAAACAACAUAGGCCGGGUGGCAUCCUAUCAGACAGCCAAUUUGCCUCUCUUUUUAAAAUCUUCAUUUAGUGCAAGUACCAGCACAACAUGAUACUGUAUGGUACAACAUGGACCUGCAAGAAAGAAGGGAUUGUAUUUGCAUCUCCCUUCCCCACCCCACUUCUGCUCAAAGAUGGGAUAUUUUGGAGACCUCUGUGAGCUGCUGUUUGUGGGUCCAGGAAAAAUAUUUGAAAAUCAGAACAGUCUUGAUUUUCAUAGAGAUGGGUGACAAUAUUAACUCUUACAUAUCCUGUCAGAUCCCAUUAGCCUCCGGAUAGGCAGACUAUGGAAGACCUAAAGUAAAGGAUUAAGCAGAUCCCAAGUAACUAAAAUGAGUAAAAACAAACAAGGGCUAUUAAAUUAUACUUUACUGAUAGAUUUUAACCUCUUUCUUACUGCACAGCUAGUUACUUGAGCUAAAGCACACCACCAGAUGCUGGCCUACGCACCUGUUAUGUCCUCUCUGAAUAGGUCUAAUGAAAUAUCAUCACUUAAAGAAAUGUUACUGCUGUUGAAUAGACACUGUGUCAGCGUUGCACAGUGAAAGGGCUAAAGAGAUAUCAGGAAAUGCUUCUCCCCAGGCGAUCUGUUUGACUGUGUGAAAGCCCUCAUUGUUUGGGCUGAACAGAGCACAGGAGACGACAAUACAGGACUGGUGGGUGGGGAGGGGACCCUGAGAUUCUUACUCUGUCCGUACCUAGAGAAAUGGAUGAGUUUGGACUGAGUAUGAAUUGAAAGCCCCAGUCCUGUGAUGAGCUCUGCGUGGGGUCAGGGAUCCACCUGCCUGGAACUUGUUGCAGGAUCGGGGUCUGAGCUCAGGAUUUGGCCAAUUUAUGUAGCAGUAUAUACACGGAAUAUGUUGGCUGCCCUUUAGUGAUAGUUCUAAAUAUAGUGCUGCUAAGUACAGGAAAUCACACUGCUGAGAGGAGGGGAAUCUUCCCUGCCCUGGGGUAACAAAGCAAUCAUAACAUCCCCUUUGGGAAUACCAGGCCUAGGCCCCUGCUCUUGGGGAGUUGCCAGCAGGGCAGGCGUGCAUGAGAAAAAAAAAAACUCUGGAGGUAGUUAAUUAGGAAUGUAGUUAUCUAGCUGGGAGUGAUGGGGUUGCCUAGGUGUAAAUGAGGGCAGAAUUUUGUCUUCAUAUAUUGUGCUGUAGGUAGCAAUUGUAAUUCCCUCCAUUCAUGUUCGGUUUGUUUCUGUGGUAAAUUAAGACACUGGCAAUUGACCUUUACCACAUCAACUGUUGUUAGAGUCAGACCCUGGCCGAUUUGCUGAGUAUGAAAUGAAUAUAGCGUUGAAUGAAGCCAGGAGCUAAAUUUGUGUCUUCAGACUGAUAAACAUCUUAGGUAUUAGACUGUAGAGGUAUUUGGUGACUGCCUCGUUGGGCUGCUGAUCUGUGCUGAAGACUUCCCAUGGUCUGUAACGUUCCAUGUUAAUGUCUUGUAGCUUGUAGGGUAGAACAUUUAAUGGCUUGAGUAUUCAUUCGGCAGAUUAAACCAGUACAUUUGAAACUGGCUUGAAAUCAACAGUCAGUUCCACUUUGGGUUGGAGAAUAAGCUUAGGGGAAAGGGAAACCUGGUACUGGAAUUACUGAAUAAACAAGGGGGAGUUGUAGUGUAGUGAAUGUAAAUUUACCCCUUUGCUGCUGGGCUGAUUCCCUUAACCUCGACUUUAUGCGGCUAUUGUAAGAAUUUGUCCAACUUCCUCCAAAGGGGUAGUGGUUGCUAUGCACAGCUUGAGUUCAUGAUUGUAACUUUUCUAGUUAAUUCUCAUAGUUUGCUUUACAAAGUACAUAUUUGGCCUGUGUAUGUGCAUGUUCUUCUUAUGGUUUCCUUCGUCCACCCUCCCCCAUGUCUUCCAAUUGUUAGUUCCUGCCAUUGGCUGUUGCUUGUCUGGAUGAGAAUGUAUGGACAUCAAGGCAGGGCCUCGCUUUCACUCUGGGUUUGUGCAGCACCACACACAAUGCUGUACAAACCCUGACCGGGCCCUCUAUGUGUGGCCAUGACACAUAUUAAGAAUAAUAAUGAACGCCAAAGUGGGGCAAAACUGGAAAACAUUGUGUAUCUCUUAGCUGAAAGAAGGACAAUUAUAGUCUGGGUGUUUUAUUUAGCAAAUCCUCGUCAGCAGUUUUCACGGAGACUUGAAUGCUUUGACGCAAAGGCUGGGGACUACAUUUAUAAACUUAAAAAUCUGUCCCUUUAGGGAGAUCUUUUCCUCUGUUACUGGAAAUGGAGGAAAAAAUUAUUUGUGAAUUUCCUCUCUCAGGUCUGCGAAGACUUUGAGAUUAUCCAUCCAUCGGCGAGAUACGUAAUGGUCUUUGUAAUUCAUAUAAUUCUUUUUUAUUUCUAAACACCAUAUAGCAGAUGGGCCCUGAUGUAACAAGCUGCUGUCCUGAAAUCUGUAAUAUACAUAGAGAUGAUCUAACUGAAGUCCAAGGAUUCCCAUUGUCUUCAGUCAGCAUUGGCUCAGGCCCAUACCCUUCUGGGUUUGAAGAGCUUUCCAAGAGGGAAGAGGUGGAAGCAGUCACAAUAGUGGAGACUCCGCCUCUGGUAGUGGUUGGGCUUGUGGGAUACAUAGACACCCCCAGGGGCCUGAGAAAUUUCAGGACCAUUUUUGCUGAGCACCUCAGCGAUGAGUGCAGACGCCGCUUCUACAAGAACUGGCACAAGAGUAAGAAGAAGGCCUUCACCAAGUACUGCAAAAAAUGGCAGGACAAGGACGGGAAGAAACAGCUAGAGAAGGAUUUUGCGGCCAUGAAGAAGUACUGCAAGAUCAUUCGAGUCAUCGUCCACACUCAGAUGAAGUUGCUCCCGCUGCGUCAGAAGAAGGCCCACGUGAUGGAGAUUCAGCUGAAUGGCGGGACAGUGGCCGACAAGGUGGACUGGGCUCACGAGAAGCUGGAGAAGCAGGUCUCUGUGCACGCAGUCUUCAGCCAGAACGAAAUGAUCGACGUCAUCGGGGUGACCAAGGGGCGCGGGAUGAAAGGGGUAACCAGCCGCUGGCAUGCCAAGAAGCUCCCAAGGAAAACUCACAAAGGCUUACGCAAAGUGGCCUGCAUUGGAGCCUGGCAUCCAGCCCGGGUGGGCUACUCCAUUGCCCGGGCUGGCCAGAAGGGCUACCACCAUCGCACAGAGCUCAACAAGAAGAUUUACCGUAUUGGCCGUGGGGUCCACAUACAAGAUGGCAAAAUAGUGAAGAACAGUGCCGCGACGAACUACGAUGUCACUGAGAAGACGAUCACACCGCUGGGUGGAUUUCCUCACUACGGUGCAGUCAACAAUGAUUUCAUCAUGCUGAAGGGCUGCGUCAUGGGCACUAAGAAACGGGUGCUCACUCUCAGAAAGUCCCUUCUAGUGCACAGCAGCCGUCGGGCUCUGGAACCCAUCGAACUGAAGUUCAUUGAUACCACUUCCAAGUUUGGCCAUGGCUGCUUCCAGACUUCUCAAGAGAAGAGAGCUUUCAUGGUAAGAAGGACUGGCUAUAAAACCCCUUCACACCACUCUCGGGAUGGCUGGAGGUUAAUGCACAGGGCUGCAGCUUCGACACUGACCACUCCUGGAGAUUCUCCUUUUGCUCAUGUGCUAGGGGGCUGAGCUUAUGGAGCAGGAAGAUAUGAGUUCUGUCCCUGCUGUCACCUCUGAGUGGCCAGGGUGGCAGCAUGGUGACAUUGAUUAAGUCCUAAGUGGCCACAGAAAUACUGCUCUAUUAAACCCAUUAUCUUGAAGCAGCUGAACUUCACCUGUUGAGGGCUGAGCACCCAGAACCUUCCCCACAUUUUAAUUUAAUUCAGUAACAUUUAGCUGGGCAGAAGCAAAACAAUAGCCCCACAAAGCACGGACCACCAUUUUCUCCCUCUCUUGUAAACUAGAAGAGCUGGGACCCCGUCCUCAGCAGGUGUAAAUCUGUGUAGCUCCAUUGACUCAGCUGAGAAUCUAUCCCCUUGAUGGUAACCCAAACCAGAAACCCCUACUCCAAAAUUCUGCUCAGAAGGAGUUGUCAUAUGCAAUCUCCUGAAACAGGAUUGUAUAGGAAAUUCUCCUGACACAACCUCAUCUAUCUGGUCACAGUCAUGAUGCUAUAAUGUAAUCAAUAUGAUUACUUUACCACUCAAUCUUCCCAAUCACCCCAGGCCAGCUUGCUGGGCUCAGUAGCAAACCAGUCAUUGAAGUUUUCCAUGCUGCCCAGCUAAGCAAACUGCCAGUCCAGGGACAGGCAAUUCAUUACCCCCAUUCCUCCAGGGUUAGGAGGGUUUCUAGAGACCACAGCUAGACAGAUGCUGCCGUUCAGGAGGAGAGCUGAGAGUUCGCAGCCAGGGAAUAGAAAUGAACAGCUUGUGUUGCAAGCCUUGUGCAGUGAAAAGUGGUCACAUCUGAAUAGAAAUUCCACAGCAUCCAGCUCACCUACUGCCUUUCUAGGUAACACUUGGGGAAGGCUUGUAAUGUGGAUCUUGAACUCAUCAGCUAGUGGUGAUGGGAUCUCUUCUUCUCACCUGUUCAUUU